AUGAGUCGUAGUUCCAAGGUCGACCCACAAGUGAACCGCGCCCUCUUCGUCAAGAACCUCUCCUACAACGUCUCGACAGAAGACUUGUUCGAUCUCUUUGGCAAAUUCGGACCCAUCAGACAAAUCCGCCAAGGCAUCGCCACCAACACCAAAGGCACAGCAUUCGUCGUCUACGAAGAUGUCAUGGACGCCAAAUCCGCUUGCGACAAGCUAAACGGCUUCAACUUCCAGAACCGCUACCUCGUCGUGCUCUACCACCAGAUCGAGCGCUCCGUCAAAGCCGCACAGGACCGCGCCGCGACUGCGUCAAGUAGUCAGCCCGACCUCGCCGAGCGACAGGAGAACUUAGAAAAGCUGAAACAAGAGCAUGGGAUCGAUUAG